AUGCCCCCCAGACAGCAAUCAAACAAGAAAAAAGUCAAAAAGGGUGUUACUGCUCUCAAGAAGGCUGGAUGGCGCACCACAAAUGAAUUUGUCAUCGCUUUCUACGGUUGCUCACAACAAGCCGCUCAAAGUCUUCGCCUCCAGCCCAACAGCACCUAUGCGCCUGCAAGUAUCAUGGCUGCAUGGGCAAAGAACGCUCCUUCUGUAGAAGCUAGCAAAGAACUGGACUUAGUAACUACAAAAACUGCUGCAGAGAUCAUGGUCAAGGAAAGCACAAAGGCCUAUCAUGACCCCGAACUGCGCCUCUCUGCCUCUGGCCUGGACAUUCCCUAUCUAACGACCAACUUUGGCUUGAACAAGAUUCAAAAAACAUACUCCCAGCUCCUUCCCUGCCUUACUCUCCUCCUCACUACCCUGCUCACAGCAGAAAAUGACUAUGAGAGGUGGAAAGGGUCACCUAAGCAUCGCAAACAGGAAAUGGCAGACAAGAUCUUGGUCGUUAUCAUCAGCAUGCUUCUUUUCUUUCGAAAUUGUGCCACAAAUGCUUUCCAGCUUGUAAUGGGGGUCUUUCUCUCCAGUUCAGGUGCGAGCCGCAGGAUCAUUGAUACAUUCAACCACAUGGGUCUGUCUGUUAGCUACCAAACCAUUCAAAAUGCAUUAAGAUCUCUUUCUCAAGACGCAAAAAUUCAGGCUCAGAAUUUUGUCCAAAAAUCCAAUCAUCUGUGGGCAGUGGUGUACGACAACAUCAACUUUACUUUGCGCACAACAUCUCAACGGCUCGAUUCCGCAACUCAUCAAAUUAAUGCCACCACUCUUGCAGUUUUCUCCCUUCCAAAGAAGUUUACCCAAGAAGCAUAUGCAGCAGCAUUGUCAAUUGCGGAGGGGCGAAAACAGGCAAAUCUAUGCCAGAAUCUUACCCUAGAAUCUCUGCAACCCACUGAAGAGCACCAUGCCCAUGCACUGUCUGCCUUCAAGCAUGCUGUCCGCAGCAUUCUACUGACAUGUCUUCCUGGAAAGAUGCAGAAGAGAAAAUUCACAAAGGUCCUCCACAAGCACACAAAGAAGCUCAAGCCCCGCAUCCGAUGA